AUGGAAAAUGAUGUGGUACAAUUUUGCAAGAGUUGUCACGGAUGUCAGUUGGUCAGUACUCAGUCAAAACCGGACCCAAUGAGUAGAAAUGAAUUUCCGUCAGGACUUUGGCAGCAUGUCGCUCGCGAUUACUUAGGAUUACCGUCUGGGGAUUAUCUUCUCGUGUUUGUAGACUACUAUUCGAGUUGGGUUGAGGUGGUUUCAACUAAGUCAACGGCUGCUGAGAAAACCAUCACAAUGUUCAAAGGAGUAUUUUGUGCUCAUGGAAAUCCUCUCAGCGUGACUGCUGAUAAUGGUCCUCAGUUCCGCAGUGAAAUAUUCAAUAAAUAUCUCCGACAGAAUGGAAUUGAACAUCAUUCAACAACUCCACUAUGGCCGCAAGCUAAUGGGGAGAUAGAACGUCAAAAUAGCUCUCUUAUGAAAGGCACUCGAAUCGCUCAGACGGAACAGAAGGAUUGA